UAGGUUUGUGACAAUGAUCAAGCCGUCGUCGUAUCUUUUUUGGGAUAGGCCUACUCUCAAAUAGCAGGUUAAAAAUCACGUGGCUCGGACACCGGAGAAUAUUGUCUGCUGUUGCCACGGCAACCCCCCGGAUCAACUUCUUCCCGGCUCAGUAAUAAUAGCGGGCCUACUUCGCUGAUGCUGUACAAGUGCUGCGUGAAUAUGACUCUUAGAGGAGGUUAUUGGAUGGGGAGAGGUCUUUCUUCGAACAUUAGCUGGUGGAUUGGAAACAUACUUGGAAGAAUGCGCGUUCAACUCGAACAAAACGGUGAAAGAGUUGACCACUCUCGUGACUCACAUGCAAGUCGAAGUGAGCGGCUUUUACGCAAGCUGGAGUGACGGAUGGGUAAGGAUCGAUCUUUUGCAACAUGCAUCACAAUGUACAAACCGCUGCCGCAUUUUGUUCUCGUUCAAAUGAAAUGCAGACGUAGCAUGAGCCCAAGUAUGUAGUGUAUGCACCUGUUUGCAGAUGGCUGGAGAAAAGGUCAAGUUUGUGACUCGUCGGCGUUUGCCUUGCAUCCACCAACAUGAAAGCCUUCGCAUCCCCGGAAACGCGGUUGGAGAGACUCAAAAGCCAACGGACUGGGAGUGGAAGCCUCCGGCACGCAAGGCUCGCUAGUCAAUGUCGUGGAUAAAAGAGCAGCAUGCAGCAGCAGCUGAACUUCUUUCCUGAGCCUUGUCAUGUGGCAUCAAGCUUGAUGGCGUCCUACCCCAGUUCAGAGAGUUUCCAGAAGCAGAGCAAAGGAGGGUGUCGUUGCGAAAAGUUGCUUCUUCACAAUGAAGCUGCGCUAAAAAGCGCUCCAAAGUGUCCUGAGCGAGGCCACGUCACCCCGAGGAAUUUAUAUUUACCUGACCUUUUUCCAAACUGGAAGCGCUUCCUGGCGGGUCCACGCCAGGAUCUUCCUGAGGGGUCUCUUCAACGCCUUUUAUGGUUCCGUCCCGACGAGGCGGGAGCAUUUCAGCCAUCUGCCCACCCUCGCACAUGCUCUGUGUGGAAAAACUCAAUGCUGUGAGAUCAGUGUGUCUCGAGCUCCCACUAUGCGAGUCCUCGGGACACAAAGAGUUGUAUGUGGAGGGGGGGAGGGCGGGGGAGCAGCUUCAAAGUAUAUCCUUUCUGUCCAGCAAUGUGACAUCAUUACCAGGAGGAGGCCUGACCUCAAGUCCACUGAAGCUGGAGUGUCAACAAAGACCACGUGACGUUCACGACUUCACUUACAGCUUCAAAUAACAGCUCAGUUGGCUGACAACUGACUUUUUUGUCUGUCAAUGUGGAAGGGGGAGGGGGCAAAGGUCCCAAAAGUCAGCGGGAACGUCGGUACCAGGCACUUUCGGGAGUUUGGGAGCGUGAACCUGCUCAGGAAUGUGAUUGGAAGAGAAGAUGAUGUCUGACGCCAGCGAGAUGUUGGCGGCCGCAUUGGAGCAAAUGGACGGGAUCAUCGCAGGCUCCAAGGCCAUGGACUACUCCAACGGGCUGUUCGGCUGCCAGUCGCCCACAUCGCCGUUGAUGGGCGGUCCGCGCCCGCUGCACCUGUUGGAGGACCUUCGGGCGGCUCUGGACCUCAUGGACAAUCAAGAGCGGGACAACCUGCGCUGCCAGAUCCCCGACUCCACCGCCGAGGGUCUGGCCGAGUGGCUGCAGGGACGAAUGACAAAUGGGCACAGCUCAGAGGCCGUCUACCAAGAGCGGCUCACCCGACUGGAGAGUGACAAAGAGUGUCUCAUCCUUCAGGUCAGCGUCCUCACAGACCAGGUGGAGGUGCAAGGGGAGAAGAUCCGGGACCUGGACAACUGCCUGGAGCGCCACCGGGAGAAGCUCUGCGCCACUGAGGAGCUGCUGCAAAAGGAACUGCUGACCUGCUCGGCACUGGAGACCCAGAAGCUGGAACUGAUGACGGAGGUGUCGGGUCUGAAGCUGAAGCUGAGCGCAGCGGAGAGGGAUCAUGACGUGGACUCGUACCGGGAAAUAAGCCAGUUGCGUUUGCCCGUGGCCGACAUCGAGAGCGAGCAUCUGCAGUGUGACGGGAAAAUCAAAGCUUGCAAAGAAGAGCUGCGGUCGCUGCAGCGGGAGUUGCAGGAGCGAGAGGCAGAACUGAGGAGGUUGAAGGACGAGAGCCGACCGAGGCCAACGGCGGGGCGAGACAGAGAUGCCGAAAUGUCCGAGAUGAAGACGCUGUUGGACUCGCUCGUGUCGGCCAACGAUGAGAAGGAGCAAAGGAUCAAAGAGUUGGAAAGUUCACAAGUUCUGGGGAAAAUCAAAGAGAGGCCGAAGGAAGACGACGACGACAUCGUCGACGAUCGCUCGCUUCCUGCCGUGGCCGAGGUCAGGCUGAAGGCGGAGGCCGAGACGGGAAGGAUCUCGGCGGAGUCUCAUCCCAGCGGCUCUGCGGCGGGCGAGAUGAAGGAAGCGGACCGAGAGCGACCGCUGCGGGAAUCCAAAAGAUGGCUGGCGGUGUCUCCAAGCAACACCAAUGAGCAGGCAAAAGCCAAGUGCCAAACUUUGGGCGGCGAAGACACCUUGGGCGCCAAGCGUCUCCGCGCUUCCUUCGGUCGAGGACUCCUCAAAAUGCGGGGAGGCAAACGUACCAGCAGCACACCAAACCUCGCCGAGACCGAGCGCAAAGUGCCGGAGCACUUUGACUCGGCCUGCUCUGCUCUGCCCUCGCCGCCUGAGAGCAAGAAGAAGUCCAAAGGCUUGAUGAAGUUUUUUGGCAGGCUGAAAAGGAGUCACUCGGCAUCCUUGAACCCCGACGACGAGGCCCAGUUCCAGCGCGGGGGCGUCCGGGCCACGGCGGGGCCGCGGCUGUGCCGGUCGGGAGCUCCCGCGGACGUCGCCGACGUUCCCUUCUUGCGCUGGACCCGAGAGGACGUGUGCCAGUGGCUCCACGAACAAGGCUUGGGCUUGUAUGCCGCGCCAGCCCGCACCUGGGUCCAGUCGGGACAGAGCCUGCUGCAGGCCUCACAGCACCGACUGGAGAAGGAGCUGGGCAUGAAGCACCCGCUGCACAGGAAGAAGCUCCAGCUGGCCCUUCAGGCUCUCCGCUCACCCGACGACCUCCUCAAAGGCAAACUGGACCACAACUGGGUGACUCGCUGGCUGGACGACGUGGGCCUGCCGCAGUACAAGAGUCACUUUGACGAGGCCAGAGUGGACGCGUGCAUGCUCCAUUACAUGACCGUGGAGGACCUCCUGUCCCUGAAGGUAGGCAGCGUGCUGCACCACCUCAGCAUCAAGCGAGCCGUGCAGGUCCUGCGCCUCAACUCCUUCCGGGCCGACUGCCUGCGACGCCGGCCCGCCGACGAGAAAUGCACGCAACCGGCCGACGUGAUCCAGUGGAGCAACCACCGGGUGAUGGAGUGGCUGCGCUCGGUGGACUUGGCCGAGUAUGCGCCCAACCUGCGAGGCAGCGGCGUGCACGGGGGUCUCAUGGUUCUGGAGCCGCGCUUCACUGUGGAUGCGUUGGCUCUGCUUCUCAACAUCCCGCCGGGAAAAACGCUGCUACGGCGCCAUCUGGCGACGCACUUCCACCUGCUGGUGGGAGCCGACGCUCGGAAGCUCAAGCAGGAGUGUCUGGAAAACCCGGACUACGUCGUGCUUACCGCCGCCGCCAAGGUCAAGCCGAGACAUCUGUCGUUCGGCGGCUUCGGAUCACUCCGGAAGAAACGUCACGAUGAUGGCAGCGAGUAUGUGUGCCCCAUGGAUGUGGGCGGGGGGCUCUGCCAGGACCACCUGGAGCAGCGAGAACAGAUGGGUGACUCGGAGGGCGCCGUGAGACAGAUCGGAGCCUUUUGCGAGGGAAUCGAUAAUCUGACGAGCAUGGUGGAGGAUGAGGACGUUUUCGGGGAGGUCUCUGCAGGCCCGCGAGAAGGCGACCAAUCCCAUUAAGAUGACACACGACUCGACAAGUCACGCUACAUUUUAUGGGUGCGGGAGUGAGACUGUUUGCAUGUUUUGGGACAAGACUUCAUCAUUGCUUCUCUUUUUAGCAUUAAACAAAUGGGGGG